AUGCCUGGUCCUGGAGAUUACACUGUUGGCUGGAUCUGUGCCGUCGAGACUGAGUAUGUCGCUGCGCGAGCUUUCCUCGACGAGAUUCACCCAGGCCUUGCCGCCUUAGCCCGUCACGAUGACAACUCCUACACCCUGGGCAAGAUAGGCGGCCAUCACGUCGUCAUGGCCGUUGGCCCCGACGGGGAGCAUGGCCCAAAUGUUGCCACGACAGUUGCCAGGAACAUGCUGCAUAGCUUCCCCAACAUCAGGAUCGGACUCCUGGUUGGAACUGGAGGCGGCGUUCCCAGCUCUAGACACGACAUCAGGCUCGGCGAUAUUGUCGUCAGCUCUCCUCGCAACGGCAUUGGAGGUGUUCUCCAGUAUGACUUUGGCAAGUCGAUUCAGAAUCAGACUUUCCUGAUGACUGGACACCUCGAUCAACCGCCUACGCUCCUUAGAACAACCGUUACCCACUUGAAGUCCAUCUAUCAGGCCGAAGGACACAGGCUCGAAGAGACCGUCGCACAGGUCUUGAGCACGAAGCCAAGGCUGCAGGCAGCCUUUGGCCGGCCUAAUCCUACCACCGAUCGGCUAUUCCAAGGUGGUUUUGCUCAUCCUGCCGAUGACAAACUAUCUUGCGCGCGUCACUGCGCUUCCGAUCCCCGGAGACUGGUGAACAGACCUCCUCGACGACGAGACGAAGAUAACCCAGCCAUUCACUUUGGCCUCAUCGCUUCUGCUGGCUACCCAAUGAAGAAUGCGAUGCUCCGUGACCACCUCGCACGAGAGAAGGAUAUUCUCUGCUUUGAGACGGAGGCGGCUGGGUUGAUGAAUCACUUCCCUUGCCUGGUCGUCCGUGGAAUAUGCGACUAUUCGGACUCGCACAGGACAAGGGAGUGGCAGGGCUAUGCGGCCAUGACGGCGGCUGCAUAUGCCAAGGAUCUUUUGCUGAACAUUAUCCCCACAAGAGUCCAGGCCGAGAAGAAGCUCCUCGAAGUGGUUGGCGCCCUCGCCGCCGUCGUCGAAGAUACCAAAGUGAACACUGACAGGACUAUCUUUCAUCUUGAUCGGAACAGGGACAAUGAGAAACUUGACUGGAUCACUCCCUUUGACUACGCACCUGUCCAGCGUGAGCACUUCAGCAAGAGCCUGACCGGAACAUGUCAGUGGUUCCUAGACUCGAAUGAAUUCCAUCAGUGGAUUGAUACAACUGGACAAACUCUCUUUUGCACGGGCAUCCCUGGCUCUGGAAAGACAAUUCUGACCUCCAUCGUUGUCAACCACUUGCAGGAGCGCUUCCAAGACGAACCCACAAAUGGCCUAGCCUAUCUUUACUGCGACUUUGAGCGACAAGAUGAGCAGACACCUGACCACAUGUUCGCGAGUAUUCUGAAGCAGCUGGCCCAGCGAUAUUCUCUUCACUUCAAUCUUCCAGAAGCCGUGAGAGCAUUGUACGACAAACACCAGCAAACCCAAGGCACAACAACGCCCAGAACACAGCCUCUCCUUUCCGAGAUUUUGGAGUGCCUCCCCUUGGUUACUGACCUUUUUUCCAAGGUAUACAUAGUUGUCGAUGCUCUAGAUGAGUUUCAAGCAUCAGGUGGUCGCCGAUCCAAGUUCCUCAAAAACCUGCUUGCGCUGCAGAGAGACACAGGGUUUAAUAUCCUGGCAACAUCGAGGCAUAUCCCCGACAUUCAAAACCAGUUUAAAGAGACUGCCAUCUGCGAGGUCGCCGCAAAUGAGGAGGAUGUCCAGACUCAUGUCGACGAUCAACUGCAGUGCAUGCAAGAUUUUGUGCAGGACAAUUCAACACUGCAAACCGAGAUUAAAAGAGCAAUCUCUGAGGCUCAUGGUGGAAUGUUCCGUGUCGCUGUCGCUCAUCUCACAACCCUGGCCGAGCAGCCUACAGUCGGGGACUUAGAACUAGCACUGCUGGAGCUACCUCGUGGGUUCUGUGACAUUUACGGCAAAUCUACCGAUAGGAUAGACCGGCAAAGCACGGCGUUUCGGAAGCUGGCUAAGAAGGUCCUUGCUUGUAUAGCUUUCUUGAGACGGCCUGUUGGCGCUUUGGAGCUACAGCGCGCCUUGGCAACUAGACCAGGUACACCAGAGGUGGACGAGAGAUUCUUACCGUCUAUCGAUACGUUGGUGUCGGUUUCUGAGGGCUUGCUGUCCUACGACCCCGAGUCUCGGGAACUUAGCCUGGCUCACCACACACUCCAGGGGUACCUCGAGCAUCAGGCCGCAGCCACAGGCUGGUUCCGAGACGCUCCAGAGAAUGUGGCAGAUACUUCCAUUGCUGGAUCCAGCUUUGGCGACUCCAGAAGCUGGGGCUUUGACGCUGUGGCUCAGCCACGCUGGGAACGAUACCGCGUUGGAUAG